AAAAAUCUAUGUAGGAAGAUGUUGAUAGAUGUUGCUCAUGAUUUGAAUUUUAAAGGCAAUGAUUUUGGCUUCAUCUUAGUGUACUCUAAAGUUUCAAAGAAUAGAGAUGCAGGUGUCUCCAAUGGUACAGGUGUUUGGUAUGGUUACCGUGGUUACAGCAGCCAUGUUGUACUCUGUCCACCUUGGAUUCUUCGACUCCGUCCACACCGAGAUUGGAAGACAGUUUUAUGCAGAAAGAUACUCUGCAAAAUGGCGGAAAAUUUUUCCACCAUGGCUUAACAUGCCAUACAAUGCAUUUGUGAACAUAGGCUACGUGAUCUUGGGAGCUUUCUACUGUGCAAAGACAUCAGUGGCCCUGGGUAUCAAACAAAUAAAACGAUCGGACAGUUUUUUAUUCUACACGUUCAACAUUAUGUCUACUUUCUAUGGCGCCAUUCAAGCGGUUAGGAUCUUGACCCAGUUUCACCGAGCAGCUAUAAUGGACCAAUGGUACACCCUACCUUUCUUUAUGUGGGUUUACAUAUGGUCCCGUCAUCUUGACUCCGGAAUUGGAUUAAAGGGCGCGACCUUUUGGACAACCAUAUCGUUACUUUCAUAUUUACUGACUCUUGUGCAUAAAUAUGGAUUUGAACUUGCACUGGCGUUGCAUAUAGUUUUUGCACUUUAUGGUGCUGUGACUAUUUAUAGAAAAUUUCCUAUUAAGGAGGCUCAGCAGCCCUUUGUUUGGGCACUGAUUUGUUGUAUUGGGUUUGUUGUCCUGAAAUUGUUGGACUUGGAACUGCCAAAAAUCAACCAAAUGUUUGAGAAGAUAUCUGGACAUUUUCUGUCCAAAAUAGCUGACAUUUUUCAAAUCUAUUUUGUGAAUAAAUACUUUGAAGUAUUGACUUUACAUAAAAAUGAUAGAGAAAGGAAAAAAUCUAAAUAAAGUUGUUGAAAAUAAUAAUGCUUAAAAUCAGGAAGGAUGUUACAUGUAGCUAUAUUAUACAAAUGUUUUAUAU